GUAGACUCAUCAGCUUCGCUAUGAACAAAAAUGUUCACCAAUCCACCAUUAGGGUUUACAAUUAUCCCCCUAAUUUCUUUUCUUCAAGGGCUACCAAUCCUAAUAACAAGGAUCCAAACUUAGUUGAUGAUAUUAGGGGAUCAGAAUCGGGAUCGUCAACGGGCAGGGAUGACCGUGUUAACGCUGUGAAAUCAUCCACAACUCCGUCGUCUUCAACCUCUGAAAGAAGGGAGAACGUCGGUGAGACGGCGAAGCAAGGAGUAGUGAAAGCUGUGGAAACGGGAUUGGAUAUGGGAGAAAUGGCUAAGAAGACAUUAGAUAACGUGUGGGAUGUUACGAAGGAUACUAGUCAUAAGAUAAAGGAGGCGGUGGUCGGCGAUCGGGAGGAGACGAAGCGUGUGGAGGAUGUUCCGGCGACCGAUCAUUUUGUUGAAGAUCUGAGGAAGCGUGCCGACGGCUAUGAUUUGAAGAAGAAAUGAGUUCAGUUGUUAGUUGCGAAGUAGGAAGGGGGGAAAGUACCAUGUUAACCCAACCGAAUACUCUUAUAAAGAACUGUUAUAAGUAACAUGUUAAAUAUGGGUUCGGUUCAUGCAACAUCACACCAUUUUCGAGGUAUGUGAGAUCAUAUUUUUACAA